UACCAGUUUGCACCAUCAGCAACGCAUGUACAAAUUGCGCGGAAAGUCUUUCGAAUUUUCAGUCUAAUCAAGCACGCAAUUUCGCUGGUUCAUUUAAUCAGCUUCAGUUGUAUUCUAUUUCAAUUCAUGCACUAUCGGAUUUAGUUUUAAGUUAAACCUGUAUUGUUUGCAAGCAACGCUGCAUUGUUGGGGCAGUUGAUCACGUUCGCUCUCAUUCAAAACUAUCACUGACAUUUUCAGUUCUGCUGCUUAAACUACUUUUAUUGGGACCGUAACACACAACCUUGUAAUGGCAACUCUAGCAGAGCAAGCAUCGAAGCUGCUGGACUUUGACCAGAAGUUAGACAUCACAUUGCUCGAUAGUAUAGUUGGGUGCAUGUACUCUGGAGCUGGGGAACAACAACGCCUAGCACGUGACGUCUUGACGACACUGAAGGAGCACCCUCAGGCAUGGACGAGGGUAGACACAAUCCUCGAGUUUUCCAGUAACCAAGAAACAAAGUAUUACGCCCUGCAAAUUCUGGAAGCUGUUAUAAAAACUCGAUGGAAAACCUUACCUCGAGAGCAGUGUGAAGGAAUCAAGAAAUACAUCGUGGGUUUAAUCAUCAAAACGUCUUCGGAAAACGAAACGGCUGAACGUGAAAAAGUGUAUCUUAGUAAACUCAAUAUGGUACUGGUUCUGAUUCUGGAACGUGAAUGGCCUAAGCACUGGCCAUCGUUCAUCCCAGACAUCGUUGGCGCUAGCAAAACCAACGAGAGCCUGUGCCAAAAUAAUAUGGCCAUCCUGAAGCUACUUUCUGAAGAAGUUUUCGACUUUUCGUCGGGUAACAUGACGCAGAUCAAAGCUAAGCAUCUGAAGGAUUCCAUGUGCUCUGAAUUUUCUCAGAUUUUCCAGCUCUGCCAGUUUGUCAUGGACAAUUCGGCGAACGCUGCGCUGGUCGGUUCUACUCUAGAGACGCUUUUACGCUUUCUCAGCUGGGUGCCUUUGGGCUACAUAUUUGAAACUAAGCUGAUAACAACCCUCAUCUUUAAAUUUCUGAACGUGCCACUCUUUCGCAAUGUCACGUUGAAGUGUCUCACAGAAAUUGCAGGCCUAGCUACUGGUCCUCAAUAUGAUGACGCAUUCGCUGCUCUUUUCGCUCAGACGAUGGCUCAGCUGGAGUUGAUGUUGCCACUUGACAUCAACAUAAAAGAAGCUUUCGCCAAAGGGCACGACGCAGAGCAAAAUUUUAUCCAGAACUUGGCAAUGUUUUUGUGCACGAUGCUUCGUCAACACGGUCCUCUGAUGGAGCGUCGUGAGAAGGGCAAUGUUCUCAAAGCACUUCAGUAUUUGUUACUAAUCUCCGAGGUAGAGGAAACUGAAAUAUUCAAAAUUUGUCUCGAAUACUGGAACGCUCUGGCUGCUGACUUGUACCGUGAAACUCCUUUUACCAUCCCUACGGUUCCCAUGUUUAUGACGAAAACAAGUAACACAGGAUCAUCUGCGCGGCGAAUCUUCUACCAGGCUGUCCUCAGUCGGUUACGUUACAUUAUCAUCAGCCGAAUGGCGAAACCCGAGGAGGUGUUAGUGGUUGAGAACGAGAAUGGCGAGGUGGUUCGAGAAUUCAUGAAGGACACAGACUCUAUUAAUCUUUACAAGAACAUGCGUGAAACCCUCGUCUACCUGACCCAUUUGGAUUACGUUGAUGCCGAAAGAAUCAUGACGGAUAAACUACAAAACCAAGUCAACGGGACGGAAUGGUCGUGGAAAAACUUGAACACGUUGUGUUGGGCCAUUGGCAGUAUAUCAGGUGCCAUGCACGAAGAAGACGAGAAGCGUUUCUUGGUCACUGUGAUCAAAGAGCUGCUCGGUCUUUGUGAACAGAAAAAAGGCAAAGACAAUAAAGCGAUUAUUGCCUCGAAUAUCAUGUACGUAGUGGGGCAGUAUCCACGUUUUCUUCGCGCUCAUUGGAGAUUCCUAAAAACAGUUGUCAACAAACUUUUCGAGUUUAUGCAUGAAACACAUGACGGUGUCCAGGAUAUGGCCUGUGAUACCUUCAUCAAAAUCGCCCAAAAAUGCCGGCGGCACUUUGUGCAGGUGCAAGCAGGUGAAGUGACUCCUUUCAUCGAAGAGAUCCUGUCGACCAUUAGUACUAUCAUUUGCGAUCUCCAACCGCAACAAGUCCACACGUUCUACGAAGCUGUCGGCUACAUGAUCAGCGCUCAGAACGAAAAAUUUGUCCAAGAGCCUUUGAUUGAGCGCUAUAUGCUCCUACCCAACCAAGUAUGGGACGACAUUAUUAAUCAGGCGACGCGCAAUGUCGAUGUUCUUAAAGAUCCCGACGCUGUCAAGCAGUUGGCUAAUAUUCUGAAGACAAACGUCCGUGCCUGUAAAGCGUUGGGCCACCCAUACGUCUCUCAGCUCGGCAGGAUCUACCUAGACAUGUUGAAUGUGUACAAAGUGAUGUCAGAAAACAUAAGUGGCGCCAUCGCCCUCAGCGGAGAAAACGUCACCAAGCAGCCAUUAAUUAAGAGCAUGCGACUUGUCAAGAAGGAAACACUUAAGCUCAUCUCAGACUGGGUGUCUCGUUCCAACGAUCCUGAGCUCGUGCUCGAUAACUUUAUCCCACCGUUGUUGAAUGCAGUUCUCUACGAUUACCAACGAUGCGCAGUUCCAUCGGCCCGCGAGCCUGAAGUUCUCAGCACGAUGGCCACCAUUGUCAACAAACUGGAGGCUCACACCACGUCAAAUGUGCCAAAAAUAUUUGACGCCGUGUUCCAGUGCACGCUGGACAUGAUCAACAAAAACUUUGAAGAAUUUCCUGAACAUCGCACCAACUUCUAUCUCUUGCUACAGUCGGUCAAUAACCAUUGUUUCCCUGCCUUCCUAAGUCUGCCUCCUGCGCAAUUCAAGCUAGUGCUCGACUCGAUCAUUUGGGCUUUCAAGCAUACGAUGCGCAAUGUGGCUGAUACCGGUCUCGACAUUCUUUACCAGCUCUUGCAAAACGUGAGCCAGCACGAACAGGCGGCGCAAAGCUUCUAUCAGACCUAUUACAUCGAGAUUCUACAACACGUUUUCUCUGUUGUGACGGAUACAUCGCAUACGGCAGCCCUCACCAUGCACGCUACAAUCCUAGCCUAUAUGUUUACCAUCGUCGAAAUGGGAAAGGUGGCGGUAUCAUUAAAUAGUGCGGUUCCUGUUGUGGCACCGGAGAAUCUGGCAGCCGCGAACGUAAUUUUCGUCCAAAACUUUGUGGCAGAGGUGCUGCAUAAUGCCUUCCCCCACCUGACACAGCUCCAAAUUAAAGUGACAGUUGAAGGUCUCUUUAAUUUAGAUCAAGACAUCACUGGUUUUCGGGAACAUCUCAGAGAUUUUCUCGUUCAGAUCAAAGAAUUCACCGGGGACGACGACAGCGACCUCUACUUGGAAGAAAGGGAGGGUGAACUGCGGCGUGCUCAAGACGAGAAACGCAAAGUUCAAAUGUCUGUGCCGGGCAUUUUGAACCCGCACGAAAUCGCCGAAGAAAUGCAAGAUUAAAUCUUACUUAAAUCUUAAGGUACGCAGCCUGAGCCCCCGAUGCUUUAUUUGAGUGAAGCAAAACACAACAGUGGUGGGCCCUUGCAUCAUUAAACAGUUCACAGUGUGCAGAAUGUGCUUGAUUCAUCAUACAAUUUGAGAGAACAUGGGGCCACGAACAAGGAUUGGGUCGUAUCGUUUCUUUUUUAAGAAAUGGGUCGGGGAUAGUUUUUUUUUGUUUUUUUUUUCUCGUACGAUUUAUUCAUUAUACUUUUUUUCCCCUUUCGCGUCGGUUUUUCCUCGUUUAUUUUUGCCUUGCGAAGACAAACGACUUGUAAAGUCAUCAGUCAAAAUCAUUGUGGUGUAGUACAGUAUGCGUGCGACAGUGUGCUUGUGUCUUAGUAAAAAAGGAAAGCUGGAGAAUUAGCUGGAGUUUCAGGAAGAAAGAGUACCAUCCCUAUUCCCUUCUAUCACCACAUGAUCUUUUUCAACUGACACGUCAUUAUUCAUUUCUGCGAUCACCUGAAGCAGUUGCUGUCGUUUUCUAUUCUUUUUCUUAUCGUUUGCAAAAUAGAUCAAGACAGAAAGUUAACAUCGGAUCACGUCGAAAUUCAUAUACGAGCACAUCCCCUGUGGUUUCAUUUUUUGCUUUAUCCAUGGCAACUUACUCCCUCCCUCUCUUUCGUGUCACCAUGAUGACGGCUAUUCACGCUUCUGUCACUUUUUGACGCUUUACUUUAUAUUACACCUCGAGUUUCCGUAUAAAAAUGAUCAUAGCCCUUCUUGUGGUAACAUAAUGUCGUGUGUGAUUGCGCUAUGUACUUGUAAUUUUUUGUCUCCUUCUUCCUUUAUGGUUUUUUUUUUUUUUUAUUUUUCUCUUCUUUGGUUCGUCGUCCAGUCGUAACUGAUUGGAAAAAAAAAAAACACACAUUUGGGAUUGGUGAUUUUGUUUCAUCUUUCGAUGGGUCAUACAUUUUUGGGGGUUCACUUCUAUGUCCUCUGUGAGGAGCUGGGCCCAAACCUCAAUCCCUUACCACCACUUUCCCCUAUCCUUCAAAACUUGUUUAAUGCGUGGGAUACUUUGAAAAAACAAACAAAAAACAUCCUUCCCUGUCACAUGUUUCUCCCAUUGCAAGCAAUUGAUUCUUUUCUCUAUAUUAGAUAAACCCCAAUCGGACGAAUUGUCCACGUCUGAACAAUCGAUACAUAAAAUUUCUAACUAUAUAGCAAGAGUGCGUAAUUUUCGGUGUCGCCACCACCUUCUAAGACGGGCUGCUUCAUUUUUGAACUUGGCGCCCUUGGUGUGCUAACCAUCGUUUGAUGACUGCUCUCCUUCGAUCACAAGCAUCCACUUCCGCCUGUUACGUAGCACCUUUCAUGGCCAACAUCCUCCUAUAUCCACGAGUCGAAGCAAAUUAUUUUUGAAUUUAUUUAUUUUGGCCAUUUUUUUUUAAUUUUUUUUUCCUUCAAAUUUUUCAUUUUAGUUACAUGUUCGAUUGUUCUUGUCCCUCUUAUAUGAUAUCUGUGUACCCAGAUGAUAUCUAUCCCAAAACUCCUCUUUUCUCCGACCUCCCUCCCUUUUUUGUAUCUCCUCCCUUUUCACUUGAUUAAGCGAAAGAAAAGGAAAAAAAAUCGGAUGUAAACCGACAUGUCACCGGACCCGAAAAUACAGCAGUGAAUCGUUGAACACACA